GAUCAUUAUUCGCAAGAGAGCCAUUGGCUUAAAAUAUUCCUCUUUCCACUGCCAACUAGUUCUUCAUGUUUGUUGUCGCCGUGAACAGUCCCAUAUUUAUUCAGUUUUCUUUAUUUUUCUAUUUCACUGCUUUCCAUUGAAAACUUUGCUACGUUUAUUGUCGUUUUUCAACUGUAAAAAUUGUCAUUUAUGCCUUUCAAUUGACUUUCUUGUCUACAAACGAGCAAACAGAUCGAUUGAUAACGCAUUAUAAUUUAUAAUUGGUAAAUUCAUCAAAGUUGUUUCAAAGAGAAAAAUUUCAAUAGGUGUUUGUAUAGCUGAUCGAUCAUUCUUAUUGGAAAUUUUAUCGGAAAAUAGGGGCACUUGAAUUGCUUUGACUGUGGCAGUGCCCUGAUAUUAAAAUGCCAUCUGACAUUUUGUGAACUACACGUGCAUGGCACUGACCCGUCAAAAUCCUUUUAUUUAAUCAAUUUUGCCGCCAGUCAAAUUAUAUUAAAAAUCAAUCACUUAGAUUUAUUUCAUCCCAGCCUAUGCCUGCAUCUGCAAAUCGCUGAUGGAAAAGUCCAGCAGUCGGGAAAACUUUAUCGGGAAAGCAGUUGCAUGUCAUUAUUUUUCAAUCUUAAAGGUGUCUUAGCUUCUCUGUCUCACAAAAUUGAGUCACUUAAAAUCGAAAUCUAAGCCUUCGUUAUUCUUCAUCGAUUAAGUUAACCGAAAGUAAAUUGAAGAGAUUUGUAAUUCAAUUCCACUUAAUUCGUUUUAUAUCCUUUAUCAUGCUCACAACGUCGUCAGUUCAUGGCAAUCUUAGCACCUAAAUUGCUUUUCUGCUGUCAGAAGUAGAUCGAUGAUUGUCUCCCAGUUAAAAAGUGAUGUGCUUCGUUCGAAGUUACUAUCUAUUUUUCUUACCAGCUAAUUAAUCUUCUGUUUUGUCUUUUCUAAUUUUAUUACAAACGUUGACAAAUGGCAGGAGUUGAGUUGAACCAGCCGAAUUCUAAAGUGUCUUGUAUUUCACGCAUAAUAGAAACAUUUCUUCCAAGAUGCCUAGUCAUAGGUCACGUGUCGAUGUUGAUCGUACGGGCUACGACCCUGGGAAAGCCACUGUUUAUGGUGUUACCUCUCGCGCUGUUUUCUUUGUUUUUGAUACCUGAAGCUAUUUUUACCUACGUUAAAACUAAAGCCACUGAGUGGAAAUGGGUGUGUCCAUGUAUUCUGCUGUUCACCCUGAGCACCCUGCCCCAGAUUUGGGUACUGGAGUUGGACAUGAUGGAGGAGAAACAGAGGUACCAGGAGGAAGGCAUAAAGUCAGCAGUCGAAGUGGCAGUAGAGAUGCAGAGACAAGCUCAAGUGGAUCCGGAGCAGUGCUCAUUGGCCGAUCUGGUUGCCCCUGGGGACCCGAUGGAGGACUUGAUAGAGCAACAGAUGGCCGAGAGCUACAGCAAAACACAUGUGCAAGAGAGAAAUCCUUUCGUGAGCGACGUCCCACAGCUAUGGAAGAAAAGCGCCACAAUAAAAUCGGACAAUGGCGAAGAAAAAGAACUGAUGAAGAUAAUAGAUGACAACUUCGAUACAACUGACCUGGACAAAUGCUGGACCAUAGGUUACCAAAACUCAACCGUCGUCAUCAACUUCAACCAGGUGCUGAUGAUACAAAAACUGGUCCUGUACACUGGCAACAUAAACCUGGACCCUGAGGCAUUCACUGUAAUUCCAUUGGAGACCCUGGACAGCAGCAUAAUCCGGGAGAAAGAAAAACGUCUAAAGUAUGCCAUGGUACCCAAAAGGAAGAAGGAUGGGAGCUACGUGUUAGACCUGGAGACCAAUAUUCGCAGUACUCGAGUGUUCCAGUACCUGGAGAUAGUGAUGAAACCCUUUUCCAAGACAACACCGGGACGGAUGGUGCUAUGCGAGAUUGAUCUUCAAUACUCCGAUAACUACCUGGCUGCCAGUGGGAAAACCGAGUACUAUCAACCUCCAAUAGCCCUGAAAGCCUCUUCUAAUGAGGUCACAGAUGAUGUGACCAUGGCAGACUUAGUACAGAGACUAUAUGACGACGACAUCAAAACCUGUUCCAUCUUUACCAAACUAAAGAUGCUGAUUGAUGUUAUCGAGUCUACGCAUGUUUAUAAGCAGCUUAAGUUCGUAAAGCUUCAGUUCUAUCCUAAAAACGAUGGCAAGGAAUCUUCGGGUGAUCCGACCGAUAUUCUAAUUUAUUCGUUCGACGGGAUUCUAAACAGGACCUUAACAUUAGACAAAGGAGAACAGUCGAUCGAACUGGAUCCGUCAAUAUCCUUGGGCAACAAUGUGAUCACAAUCCAGAAUAAAAACAGCGCCAGUGAAGGUUUUCAAUUGUGUGAACUGAAACUCAGAGUAGUUGUGGAGGAAAAGGAAUAUGAUCUGCUAAAGAGGAAAAAGCGCAACAUCUUCAGCAGGAGUGACUCGAUGCUCAGCCGCAGAGCCCAGAGACUCCGGAGGACUCCCGACCCCUUCGAACCCAAGUCCAAGUUCGCACUGCUGGACGAUAGUGCAGAAAUGAAAGCGACUAUCACUCUAGUGCUGGAACAGCUGACAAUGGUCACUCUUCUCUUUAUCCGCUGGAUCAUUCCAAGACCCCCAGCAGUGACCCGUGAACAGCUGGCGGCACAAUUGGGGGGCUGGAUGGGCAUGAUGGCCGACCAACUGAACUUCCUGGUUCUCCUGGACGAGAAGCAAGUAUUUGGGAACCCUGCUUUAGUUUACACUGUUCUCAUGAUUUUCUCAGUCAGUCAGCUUCAAUUUAGUCUUGUAUAUACAGCACGAUUGGAGAAUGUUUCGAAAGGACAGAAAACUCCGAUAAUGUGGGUUCUCGGAACUUUUUUGUGGAACUCAGUUUGCAUUUUGUGCUUGCAAGACAUCCCAUUUGUACUUAUUAGACUGCAUUGUGUAUUCGUUAUCGAGGUUGUAAACCAUACGGUGGCAUACUUCAUCGGUAAAAAUUUCAUAGUCAUAGCUCUUCAGUUAUACAGAAUUGUUAAUCUGUUUGCUCAAGAACGCGUCAAACAAAGGGAACACGAAAAGGUCCCAAUUAAAUUACGACCUGAAAAAAGUGUCUCAUUUACGAAUGGAAAUCUCAAGAAAAGAGUGAGUGUGAUCGAUGAUAACAGUGGUAAAAUACCCUGGAUUGAUGACGAAGAUUUUGUAGACGGUAUUGCCCGCAGAUCUUCAAUGUAUAGCCGGGAUCGACCUCGUGAUGAGACCAAAAAGGCACCAGACAGCGACUGUGAAGAUAGCGAUAAAAACGAACAGAAUCAUAGAUUGCUUUAACUUCGUCUUGACCUCCAAUGUUUAUUCCAUUUGUAGAUUUUACUUUGUUAUCAUUUGCUUAGAACUGUUAAUACAAAGUAAUUAAUGUAAUUCAAGUAAUGUUCAUGAUAAGAGAAUUUGAAUGCUUAUUCCUCAA